AAGUCGCUCACGCGGAUCCGUAACAGUUCUGCAGAUGUGCUCUGGUUCAAUUCUAACCAUCGUGUAGGGUGUUGAUGGAGAGCCUUUCGAAUGACAGCCGGGACAGUGGUAAUCACAGGUGGAAUUCUAGCUACAGUAAUCUUACUGUGCAUUAUCGCUGUACUGUGUUACUGUAGGCUGCAGUACUAUUGCUGUAAGAAGGAGGAGUCGGAGUCAGAGGAGGAGGAGCCUGACUUCGCCGUCACGUCUCGUAUGCCGCCGGUGCAUUCAAACCACAACAUCCUGGCGGCCACUGUCCCAACGGCAACCACUCCCAAUGGGCCUGCCCUCUUCACGCCACCGCAGACACGAAAACUGACGCGUUCACAGACGUACUGUCCGUCCUGUACGCAUUACGACCUGCCAUUUUACCUGCAGCAGCCAGACGACCUGCGAAAUGGCGGCGAACGCAUUAGCUACCGCAGCGUGCAUCAACAGGAUUUGGGGCUGCCCGCUCCACUGCCUGCCCCGUUGCCCACCCCGCUGCCCACCCAGCUGCCGAUGCCGAUGCCGCUACCCAACUACCACAAACUAAACCUCAGCCGCUCGGUCACCAUGAGGGAGAUGUUCACGCGAAGCUGCAGCAUUAGCACUGAUGUGUAGCCAGCCAGAAUUAUAUAAUGCUAAAUGCUAAUGGCUAACUGCAACAACGCAGGCAACAGACUCAAUUCUCACUGAAAGACAUAAUUCAGCAUUUCAUAAAGCUGUAGUGCUUGCCUGCGUAAAAAACAAUGUCAACAAUGUCCUCUGGAAACUCCCAGAGUGCCGAGCUUUUAGGAAGACGGCCCAGUGUGUUUGUUCAUAACUGGAAACUAUAAAGGCAAAAAUGGGGUGAGAGCAAACAUUUGGAGACCCUCUCCCUCCCUCUGCGCAUCUACUUCACUCCUGAAUCCCUUGUUUUGUGUUUUCGGUAAUUGGAAAGAGGAUUCAGAAAAUAAAUCUAAAGUUUUUAUGCUU